CCCAAGUAACUCCGGAGCGGGAAGCGGGAAGCGGGAGCGGCCGGAGUCUCCCCCGACCAUGGAAAACCUCCUCCUUCUCUGCCCGGCCCCCGGGAUCCCCCUCCGCUAGCGCCGCCCGCAGAUCCCCCCAACUCCGCUCCUUUCCCACGCUUCCCCAGCCUGCCCAAACUUCUCCCAAACUCGACCUUAUGGAUACGGCGGCUCCCGGCCCGGCUCCUUGGGGAGCUCCCUUCCUCCUCCUCCUCUUCCCGUUGCCUUUUCUGCAGUCGGUCGGAGCCCAGUUCUCCGCAGGGGGCUGCACCUUUGAGGAUGGUCCAGGAGCCUGUGACUACCACCAGGACCCCUAUGAUGACUUUGACUGGGUUCAUGUUAGUGCUCAAGAACCCCUCUAUUUGCCCCCUGAGAUGCCUCAAGGAUCAUACAUGAUCGUGGACUCCUCAGAUCAUGACCCUGGAGAAAAAGCCCGACUUCAGCUCCCGACAAUGAAAGAGAAUGACACUCACUGUAUUGACUUCAGCUACCUCCUCUAUGGCCAGCAGGGACUGAAUCCCGGAACUCUGAACAUCCUGGUGCGGGUGAAUAAGGGUCCUCUGGCUAAUCCGAUUUGGAACGUGACUGGCUCUACAGGCAGAGAAUGGCUCCGGGCUGAGCUGGCUGUCAGCACCUUCUGGCCUAACGAGUACCAGGUAAUAUUUGAAGCUGAAGUCUCCGAUGGGAGAUUGGGCUACAUUGCCAUCGAUGACAUCCAAGUACUGAGUUACCCCUGUGAUAAAUCUCCACAUUUCUUGAGGCUGGGGGAUGUGGAGGUCAAUGCAGGCCAAAAUGCUACGUUUCAGUGCAUUGCUACUGGGAGAGAUGCGGUGAACAACAAACUAUGGCUGCAGAGGCGAAAUGGAGAAGACAUUCCAGUGGCCCAGACCAAAAAUAUCAAUCAUAGAAGAUUUGCUGCUUCCUUCAGAUUGCAAGAAGUGACCCAGACUGAUCAGGAUCUCUAUCGCUGUGUUACUCAGUCUGAGAGAGGUUCUGGAGUGUCCAAUUUUGCUCAACUUAUUGUACGAGAACCACCUCGACCGAUAGCUCCCCCGCAGCUACUUGGUGUGGGACCCACCUAUUUGCUGAUUCAGCUGAAUGCCAACUCCAUCAUCGGCGACGGGCCGAUUAUCCUGAAGGAAGUGGAGUAUCGCAUGACCUCAGGAUCCUGGACCGAGACCCACGCAGUCAACGCGCCUACGUAUAAACUGUGGCACUUAGACCCAGACACCGAAUAUGAGAUCCGCGUCCUGCUCACGAGGCCCGGUGAAGGGGGGACGGGACGGCCUGGCCCACCCCUCAUCACCAGAACCAAAUGUGCAGAGCCCAUGAGAACUCCCAAAACGUUGAAGAUUGCCGAGAUUCAGGCGAGGCGCAUUGCAGUGGAUUGGGAAUCGUUGGGCUACAACAUCACGCGCUGCCACACGUUCAACGUCACCAUCUGUUACCAUUACUUCCGGCGUCCCAACGAGAGCAAGGCUGACUGUUUGGACAUGGAUCCCAAAGCACCCCAGCAUGUUGUGAAUCAUCUGCCGCCUUAUACCAACGUCAGCCUCAAGAUGAUUCUUACCAAUCCCGAAGGAAGAAAGGAGAGCGAGGAGACAAUUAUUCAAACAGAUGAAGAUGUGCCUGGCCCUGUACCAGUAAAAUCUCUUAAAGGGACUUCGUUUGAAAACAAGAUCUUCUUGAAUUGGAAGGAACCUUUAGAUCCAAAUGGUGUCAUCACCCAAUAUGAGGUCAGUUACAGCAGUAUAAGGUCCUUUGAUCCUGCGGUGCUUGUGGCUGGGCCUCCCCAGACAGUGUCGAAUCUCUGGAACAGUACCCAUCAUGUCUUUCUACAUCUGCACUCUGGCACUACCUAUCAGUUCUUCAUAAGAGCCAGUACGGUCAAAGGGUUUGGGCCAGCCACAGCCAUCAACGUGACAACCAAUAUCUCAGCCCCCACUCUACCAGACUAUGAAGGAGUUGAUGCAUCUCUCAAUGAAACAGCCACCACAAUAACUGUCUUACUGAGACCAGCCCAGGCCAAAGGAGCACCCAUCAGUGCCUAUCAGAUUGUCGUAGAAGAACUCCACCCACACCGAACCAAGCGGGAAACCGGCACGAUGGAGUGCUACCAAGUUCCGGUCACCUACCAGAGCGCCAUGAGUGGAGGAUCGCCAUAUUAUUUUGCAGCUGAACUGCCCCCUAAUAACCUCCCCGAACCAGCCCCGUUUACCGUGGGGGACAACAGGACCUAUCAGGGAUUUUGGAAUCCCCCUCUGGCCCCCCGGAAAGGAUACAACAUCUAUUUCCAGGCAAUGAGCAGUGUGGAGAAGGAAACUAAAACCCAGUGUGUGAGAAUAGCUACUAAAGCAGCAGCAACAGAAGAGCCAGAGGUAAUUCCAGAUCCAGCCAAGCAGACUGAUCGAGUUGUGAAAAUAGCAGGAAUUAGUGCUGGGAUCCUGGUAUUCAUUCUUCUCCUCCUAGUUGUCAUAUUAAUUGUCAAAAAGAGAUAUAUAACUUGGAGAAGAACCGUCUGCAUUAGAAACAUUAGGAGGACCUACUAUUCUUACUCCUACUACCUCAAGCUGGCUAAGAAACGCAAGGAUGCCAUGGGGAAUACCCGGCAAGAGAUGACCCACAUGGUGAAUGCCAUGGAUCGGAGUUAUGCAGAUCAGAGCACUCUUCACGCAGAAGACCCGCUCUCCAUCACUUUCAUGGACUCGCAUAACUUCAGCCCAAGGUUGCCCAAUGAUCCCCUUGUGCCGACUGCCGUGUUAGUCCCUAUUACUGAUGAAAACCACAGUGCUUCGGCCGAGUCUAGCCGCCUGCUGGAUGUUCCCCGUUACCUCUGUGAGGGGGCCGAGUCUCCCUACCAGACAGGCCAGCUGCAUCCUGCCAUCAGAGUAGCUGACCUGCUCCAGCACAUCAACCUCAUGAAGACGUCCGAUAGCUACGGCUUCAAAGAAGAGUAUGAGAGCUUCUUCGAAGGGCAGUCAGCAUCUUGGGAUGUAGCUAAGAAAGACCAAAACAGAACAAAGAACCGAUAUGGAAAUAUUAUAGCAUAUGACCACUCCAGAGUCAUCUUGCAGCCCGUGGAGGACGAUCCUUCUUCAGAUUACAUCAACGCCAACUAUAUAGAUAUUUGGCUGUACAGGGAUGGCUAUCAAAGACCAAGCCACUAUAUCGCAACCCAGGGCCCAGUCCAUGAAACAGUGUAUGAUUUCUGGAGAAUGAUCUGGCAGGAACAAUCUGCGUGUGUUGUGAUGGUUACCAAUUUAGUCGAGGUGGGAAGGGUCAAGUGUUACAAGUACUGGCCCGAUGAUACAGAGGUUUAUGGAGAUUUCAAAGUUAGUUGCGUCGAAAUGGAGCCCCUCGCAGAAUAUGUGGUUAGGACCUUCACUCUGGAAAGGAGAGGCUACAACGAAAUCCGUGAAGUGAAACAGUUCCAUUUCACCGGCUGGCCAGAUCACGGAGUGCCAUAUCACGCCACCGGGCUCCUGUCAUUCAUCCGCCGGGUGAAGCUCUCUAACCCACCUAGUGCUGGACCAAUUGUUGUACACUGCAGUGCCGGUGCUGGCCGAACUGGCUGUUACAUUGUGAUCGACAUCAUGCUGGACAUGGCAGAACGAGAAGGAGUUGUAGACAUUUACAACUGUGUCAAAGCGCUACGAUCUCGUCGUAUCAACAUGGUCCAGACAGAGGAGCAAUAUAUCUUUAUUCAUGAUGCUAUCUUGGAAGCUUGCUUAUGUGGAGAAACUGCCAUUCCUGUCUGCGAAUUCAAAGCUACAUAUUUUGAUAUGAUUAGAAUAGACUCUCAGACUAACUCAUCACACCUCAAAGAUGAAUUUCAGACCUUGAAUUCAGUCACCCCUCGCCUCCAAGCAGAAGACUGCAGUAUAGCCUGCCUUCCAAGGAACCAUGACAAGAAUCGUUUCAUGGAUAUGCUGCCUCCUGACAGAUGUCUACCCUUCUUAAUUACUAUUGAUGGAGAAAGCAGCAACUACAUCAAUGCUGCACUUAUGGAUAGCUACAGACAACCAGCUGCUUUCAUUGUCACGCAAUAUCCUUUGCCAAACACUGUGAAAGAUUUCUGGAGAUUAGUGUAUGAUUAUGGCUGUACUUCCAUCGUGAUGUUAAAUGAAGUCGACUUGACUCAGGGCUGUCCCCAGUAUUGGCCCGAAGAAGGAACUCUACGAUAUGGGCCUAUUCAAGUGGAAUGUAUGUCCUGUGCAAUGGAUUGUGAUGUCAUCAACAGAAUCUUUAGGAUAUGCAAUCUAACAAGACCCCAGGAAGGGUACCUGAUGGUGCAGCAGUUUCAGUACUUGGGAUGGGCAUCUCACCGAGAAAUUCCCGGCUCCAAAAGGUCAUUCUUGAAACUAAUUCUCCAGGUUGAAAAAUGGCAAGAGGAGUGUGAAGAAGGGGAAGGUCGGACCAUCAUCCAUUGCCUAAAUGGUGGCGGGAGAAGUGGAAUGUUCUGUGCCAUUGGCAUCGUGGUGGAAAUGGUGAAAAGACAAAACGUAGUGGAUGUUUUCCACGCUGUCAAGACCUUACGGAACAGCAAGCCCAACAUGGUAGAAGCCCCGGAGCAGUACCGUUUCUGCUACGACGUGGCUUUGGAGUAUCUUGAGUCGUCUUAGUUGGAAUGGAUACACAAAAGCGCAUCAAAACUGAAGCCCGCUCAGCAGUCCAAAAAGCGUUUGGUAUUCCCGAAAGCACCCGUGAAGAGAGAUUUUAGUGGGGGAUGAGGGAGGGGGGGGUUAAACUUUUAAAUUUUAAAUGCAAAAGUAUUUUUCUUAUGAAGUUGUGUAUCUUAAUAAAAUGACUCAAUCUGUUUCUAUGCCUGUAUACAGUUAUCAACACUUAGUGCAACAUAAAUUAUACUUCACGAGACCCGGAGGCUACAGGAUCGGCACAAAUUAGGGAAUCUUCAGUAGUUGUCCAGUAGAUAGGCAGCUGUCUCUCUCCAGAUCCCAUUAGCUCCACCACCACCUGCUGCAUGAAUCCGUAUUUCCUACGUGGCAUCCCCCCCCACCUCCUUUUUUGAUAAAAGAUAUUCAAGUCGCUAAAGAAAAGCCUGUGCAAAUUGAGAGUAAAAUCCAUUCUUUCUGCAUUUUUCCACUGUAGCAGAUCUAUAUAAAUAUAUAAAUAUAUAUCACUGGCUUAUUUUGUUUUAAUGUGCAAUGAUGGCUGGAUCACAUAAAGCUCUUUUACAAGAAACGAAACAUAAGCCAAAGACUCAAGUGUAAAUAUGUCUAUAUGGAAAAAGCACAUUGUAUUUAUUGGUUCCAUGCAUUCCUUUUUGAUGGCUGAAAAAAAACCCACAAUCAUUUUUCUUGAAGAAAGCUUUUUUUUUUUGCCAAAAUCAAGUGUAAACGAUUUUUGUAGUUUAUUUUUGGUAUGUUAUAGUGUAAGCAGGAGACAUUUUUUUGUCAAUUUUUAUGCCUAGACCAGAAGACAUUGUUAUAGUGAUUUUGUUGUGAACUUGCUUGUGGAAUAAAUUCAUGGAAAUGACUCGGCUGUAAGGUCUUCUAACUGGGACCAAAUGCAAACAUUUUGCUGAAAAAAGAUGUAUAGUUUUUCACAGCUGCAGUAGUUCAGUGUUGAUCAAAUGAUUAUUCAAAAACAGCACCCUUCCAAAUAACCUAGCUUAUGACUUGCACAAUGUUGAAAAUUGUCUCUGAGCACCAUUUCAGAUCAUGUUCAUCCCUAUUCAAAGCACAGAUCACAGUCACAAGAUGUCCAGAGUCAUCCUUGUGGGGUAAGGAAAGUUUGAGCACAUCGUAAUGUGUCAGUGAUGUAUAUUUUGAUGUUUACACUCAUAUGAAGGUUUGGACUCCCACAGAGUGAAAUUGGAAUAAAUUCCUAAUAAAUCCAGGUCUGAUAUCAGUUAGGUCCAUUGUCACUUGAUUAUUGGUGGACUUCUCUCAAUGUCAUCUUUGUCAUGUGUUCCAUGUCAGUGUUCAGCAUCACAUCUUGACUUCUCUUGCAGUGCGUCGAUGACUUCAGCAUUCCGCUCUUCCCACUUUUGAUUGACAGUACAUGACAAGGUGCUUAUAAAACUUUAAUGUAAAGUAAGAGUGAAUUAAAAACUUUUUUAUAAUAAACA